CAGAUUUCCAGAAAAGUUGGUUCAUGAUCAGACAUGGAAAGAAUCUGAAGAGAAAAUUUUAUCUGUUGUAAAUGAAAAUUUUAAUACUAUGAAAGACGUUUGGAAUAAUUCAGCUCUUAACUUCAAAGUAGCUGGAAUGUUAAAUGAGAGAACUUAUCAAUCUACCAUCAUUGUACCAUUUAUUCAAGCUGUACUAAAAGAUUUUCCCUUUAGAUCUUCAUUUAUUAGCACAUCAGAAAGAGAAAGUGCUGCUAGUGCGGAUAGAAAAGGAAACGGUCAAGCGAAAAGACGUCCAGAUGUCAUGUUUAUGGUGAAACAUUUGGAUAUGCUCUUCGAAAUUAUGUAUGUUGAAUGCUUGAGAUUGGUUUGUACACCUCAAAAAACGAUAGAUGAUAAUGUUAAGUUAUGGAAAGAAUGUAAUGAUG